AUGACCUCAGAAACUCCGACACCAACCCAUACCGUGAAGGUUGGCUCGAAGGAGAACCCCCACGGCUACUACCCAACCGCCGUUUACGCAAAUGUUGGUGAUGUGAUAGAAUUCGAGUUCUACCCACGCAACCACUCCGUCGUCCAGGCGGACUUCUUAGCACCAUGCGUACCCUCCGCGCAGAAACGGUAUUUCUAUUCAGGGAUCUUCAAUUCCUUUAACGAAUAUGAUGGCGUUCUGGUUGGUGAGCCGCCGUCGUGGAAGCUGACAGUGAAUGACUCAGAGCCUCAAUUUUUCUAUUGUACCGCUCUCGGUUCGUGCAUCAAAUAUGGCAUGGUCGGAGCCAUCAAUCCUAACAAGACUAUGAGCUGGGAGGCACAACAAUCAAAGGCCAAGGAGUAUCCGUAUAUGCUGACUCCGGGCCAAGCACCACCAGCUGAAAAUGAUGGCAGUGCGAGCUCUACAUCUUCGACUACACCUCCUCCGACAUCAACUCCCACCUCAUCCCCGAACCCACAGCCAACGCCGCAUCAUUCGGGGCUAAGUCCUGGAGCCAUCGCGGGCAUCGUGGUCGGAAGUGUCGCUUUUCUCGCCAUCGUUGGCGCACUAUUCUUUGUGCUCGGCCGCAAUCGCGUUUAUCGUAGGUGGCUGGAGUCCGAAGACGGCACCAGCGAACGCACACGACGAUGGACCAUGGCCUCGGGAGCUCCCGUGGCAAAACGCGAGGACCCUAGGUGCAUGAGCUGGGAUGGACAGAGCCCGUACAGCCCUGCCCCUGACAUAGAGCGGCCACCAGAGAUGAGAAUGCCUAGAGAUCCCGAUCCCCGAGUGGCGGAGUUGACCGGCUCACCACAACCACCUUGA